UCAUAAGUCGACGCGUCUCAGGUGCGCACCGGUGUGUUCAGCACGAACUGUUAAAAACAUCUCAUACAAUCGGUGGCAAUCGAGCCAGUGUAAUCAAUUUGCAGGAGAAUUGUUAUCAGCUAUUCUCACCUCACUGAGAAUAUCUUGUCUUAUUUGAAGACUUUUUAUUGGUAUCGAAAAAUAAAGAAAUAAAUACUCCUUUGAGCAAUAUGGUUGGAAUGACACAAAGACCCUGGACGCCUACGAAAAGACGAGGUCCGAUUGCCGCCGAAUAUAGCAGCCCGGGACCGGCAUGUGUAACUUUACCAUCGUUAAUAGGAAAAACAGUUACAGAUUCUAAACGAGGAAGGGCACCAGCAUUCUCCUUCGGCAGCAGACAUGCAGCGAAAAGCAAUAGCGCUGGACCUGGUCCUGGGCAAUAUAAUAUCUCUGGACUUAGCGCAAAAGGAAGGGAUGCCGCACCUGCUUUGUCGCUAUACGGUCGAACGAAAUCGACGAAACCGGAAAUUACACCAGCACCGGGCGAUUACAAUCCACAAAAGGCGCAAAAGAUAAUUCUAGACAAUUCGCCGAAAUAUUCCUUUGGUGUUAAAACGCAAGUCGAGAAGAUCAGCUGUACACCCGCACCGAGCAAUUAUCGCGCCGAAAUCGUGAAUCUGUAUAGAGCAGCAGCAUUUUUCGGCUUAAAAGCUGUGUUGGGAAGAUCGAGCGAUACUGCACCCGCUCCAGGUACUUAUCAUCCCGAAAAAACGAGGCUAGACAGCGCACCGCAGUUCACGUUUGGACUUAGAACGCUGCUUGAUAAGCCGAUCGACACACCAGCGCCCGGAACGUACAGCCCAGAGAAGGUGAAUUUGGAGAAGGGUCCACAGUAUAGUUUAUCCGGCAAAAGCCGAAUUGAAAAGUGCGAUAGUACACCAGCACCAGGUGCAUAUUGUCCCGAAAAAGUAAAAUUGGACCCAUCACCGCAAUACAGUUUUGGAUUAAGACCUGCUGUGGAAAAACCGAACGAUACACCAGCGCCUGGUACAUAUAGUCCGGAAAAGGUGAACUUGAAUAAAGGACCCCAAUACAGCUUGAGUGGCAAGGGACCAACGGAGAAAGUCAUUGAUACACCAGCGCCAGGAACGUAUUGUCCUGAAAAAGUUAAAUUGGACACCACGCCGCAAUAUAGUUUCGGACUUAGACCUCCUUUGGAAAAAACCAGUGAUACACCAGCGCCUGGGACAUAUAGUCCAGAAAAAGUAAAUUUAUACAAAGGGCCGCAAUAUAGUUUGACUGGUAAAGGGCCCGCUGAGAAACCCGCGGAUACACCAGCUCCCGGUACAUACAGUCCUGAGAAAACAAACAUGUCUAAGUCGCUGCAAUAUAGUUUUGGCGUUAAAACUGAAGUCUGCGAAAAGAAUACUAUACCAGGCCCUGGCGAAUACAGUCCAGAGAAGGCAAUACUUUUGUUAGAGAAAGCAUUGCAAUUUACUUUCGGCUUCAAACCGGCCUUGAAUAGACCAAGCGAUAUUCCAGCACCCAAUGUCUAUAACAUUCCCUCCGCUCUCGGCGGAACUAAAGAAGGUAACAAGAAAGCGGCACCCGCGUAUUCGAUAUCCGGUAGGCAAAAAGUCUUUACGGAUGAUCGUGUUCUCGUACCCGGACCGGGUGCGUACGAGAGCAUUAAACCGGAUGCAAUCAGAGCUAAGAGUCCAGCAUAUAGUAUGAGCGCACGUUUUCCGCAGCCCGACGAUCAUUCGCAAAUUCCAGGACCUGGAGCGCACUGUCCGGAAAAGGUGCUUCUCGACAUUGCCCCUGCGCAUACAUUUGGCAUCAGGCAUUCACAAUAUAUUUGUAAUUUGAAGGACACAGUUUAUUAAUUAUCAUUAUAUUCAUCAUAUUAAUGACAACUAGUAAUAUAUUUGUCAACUAAGACGUAUAUUCUUUUCCAUUAUUUAAUGAUCAACAAAUUUUAGAAACAAUCAAGUUUUAUUUUUUUUCUUUUCGUUUCUUUGUUUUAUUAAUUACUAUUAAUUCUGUAGAAAAACAUCGGCAGAAUAAAUAAAAAUAUAUUAUGCUUUAUAGCUAAAACUAUUAUACAAAA